GACAAAGGUCUCCGGAGGUCUCCGGAGGUCUCCGGCCACAGCGACAGCUGUGGGGUGCAGGGUCCCCUGUGGUCUCUGUCCGGCUCCCGCUGAGAGUGGCCAGAGUCGUGCAGGGCAUGCGUGGCUGGAAUCUCCCGUUCUGCGGCGCCAGGGAAGACGCUGGAUGCUAAGGCCAAGCCAGCAGCUCCCAGCCGCCGCUCAGCCCUGGCGUUGCUCCGGCUCGGACGCAGGGGAGCGCAGGCAGGACUCUGAGCUCCAGGCUGCAGCACCCGCUGCGGCUGCCGAGCCCUGAGUGUUGCGCCCUGGGGGGACCCCAAUGCCCCGGGAAGGAGCAGCCGAGCGGGGAAGGGUCCCCCAAGAGCUGUGUCGUCCCCCACAGGGUGCUCGCCCCGUGGUGCCCGUGCGCCCCUCGAGAUGGAGGAGCGGAGGAAGAAGCGUAGCCCCAAAGCCUGCCUGGCCCAGCCCGCGCCCACCGCAGCCCCGCGCCCGCUGCCCCCCAGCAAGAGCGCGUCCUUCGCGCUGCCGCUGCCCACACUGCCCUCGCCGCGGCCGCGCACCCGACUCAAGCGGACCACCAAGGAGCGGGUGCGUGCGGGGGUCUCGGGGCCGGCGAGGGGGGCCCCGCUGCAGCACAGCUUCCUCACCGAUGUCUCCGACGUCUGCGAGAUGGAAGGGGGGCUGCUCAGCCUCCUCAGCGACUUCCACUCGGGAAAGCUGCAAGCCUUCGGCAAGGAGUGCUCCUUCGAGCAGCUGGAGCACGUGCGUGAGAUGCAGGAGAAGCUGGCGCGGCUGCACUUCGGCCUCGACGUCUGCGUGGAGGAGCUCCCCGAGGAGCAGAAGAAGGUGGCGGCCGACAGGAACCUGGACCAGCUGCUGGCACACCUGGAGGAGCUCAGCAGCUCCAUCCAGAAGCUGCACCUGGCCGAGAGCCCCGACCCCGAGGACACCGCCUGACCCCGCCUGCCCCCCCCACGCCGCCAUCUUGGCGCGCCCGCGUCCCGGAGGGGGGGGCGAAGGGGGAGUGGGCUGGCGCGGCCCCGCCCACCGCGCCGCGCGCCGCGUGGCGUCAUCAGGCGGCGCCCGGGCCAUGGCGGCGGGGAGGGAGUUGCGGGAGGAGCUUGAGGGGCGGCGAUUGCUUCGUGCUGUCACCCGCCUGCAGGCCUGUGUCAGGGGUUUUCUGCUGCGGAAGCGCUUUCGGAGUGUGCGCGCUGAGUACGAGGAGGUGGUGCGGGAGAUCGAAGGAGACCUUAGCCGGCUGCGGUGGAGGGGCCAGUUCCUGCCCCGGCCUGUCUUCCUCCCCGAGGAGCCAGCACACGGGACGCAUUCUGCUCCGCUGGAGGCUGCACCGAGGGAUGGGGCCAGCACAGAGAAACCACCGGAGGAGCCGGAUGCCUCUGAGCCAGAGCAGGACUCGGGCUGCAGUGGCAUCAAAGCCCCAGCCCAACCGCAAAGCGGCAAUGGACUGAGCUGCGCAGGUGGAGGCGCUGCAGUGAGCCCCCCACCUCUUGGAGCUGGUGCCGAUAAAUGUGCUGACGAGGGACAUGGUGCCUCGGAAGAGGCUUGGCAGGACAACAGCAGCGUCUCCUCUGUGUGGGACAGUGAGCUCCUGGAGGCAGAGUCACACGGAGACUGCCAGGAAAUUCUGUUUGAGGACAUGGAGGAGCUUCCUCGGACUCGGGCUGGUCUCCAGGCCUACAGGAAGCACUUGGUCAUGGAGUUGCUGUGGUUGCAGCAAGCUAUUGCCAGCCGCGAGAAUUACCUGAUGCUGAAACAACAGCUGGCAGCUCCUGACCCAUAGUAGGGCGUUUCCAAGCAUGUGGGACACUCAGAUUGAUGUGGAGGAGCUGUGGAGCUGUAGCACUGCCACCCUGACAUGACCUCGCGGCCAGCAGCAGCUUAGGGAGCUCCAGCUCCAUGAGCCAACAUUUUCCACUUCAGAUGGCUGUGGCAAGAAAGCCCUUAAUUUAUUUUAAGCGUGAAUGUUGGUCAAAGCUGGGAUUAAACAUCACUGUGAAGCCAAGGAGGUGGUUGUGUGUUCUGGAGGCAGUCCCGGUGAGCCCUCCUUCCGCAAGAACGUGAUUUCUGUUGGCUGAGGUGGAUGGUCCUAGGGGAAAACUGAGGCUGGGAAGCCUGCUGCGUACAGAAGGCGCUUUCUGACCAAGAAAUUGCCUGUGGUGAGACAAAACUGAACAAGCUCUUCUCCACUGAACUGUGGGUGGCGUGUGCUGGUGUCGGAGCUGUGUGUUUGGGAUGGCUCUGCAGUAGCUGGGGUCUCCAGGCCAUAAGUUAGGGGCAGAGUUUCCUGGCGUUCCUGUGCAGCCGAGUGGUGGCAUAUCCAACCUGACCUUCUGGAGGUGAGGCCUCCUUCCCAACUCGCACAUCUCUGGCCGUGGAAACAUCUCUGAAUGGCAGAGUCGCCUGGACUGGUGCCCGAGGGAGUAAGAACUUGGCAGGGUGGUGCUUUGUGUGCCAUGGGACAUUCGUGGUCCCCCAGAAAGGGAUUUCCUGUGUGGUGCUGUUGUUCCCUGCUGUGACCGUCUCCUGUGUGCACUCAGGUGUUCCUGUUGCCUCCAGUCACUCUUGCUGUAAGGCAGGUGUAUCAUUCUCUUCCUGAACAAUGCCCACUUGUUUAUGAAUAAAAAGCUUUCCUGAUGCCCAUCUCUGAAUCUGUCUGUUCCUGC